ACUUGCAUCGUUAACAGAGUGCUUGUGUUUCAGUCCACGCGUGAUUUCGAAAGGAAAACGGUUACACGGUUCGAUUUUUGUGCGUGUCUAGACAGCAACAAGAUCGGCUAGUCUCCAGGGGUGGCAAAUAUACAUCUGGCAAACCGGAGAAUGAAUAAAAGGUGUUUCAUCAGUGUUUUUUGGCGCGUUGGAGCGUCGUGUUACCGCUUUAUAAGUCAGCAUCAUCGCUACCGUCUUCCUCUUCAUCCUCCGACGGCGCCAGCAAGCAAGCAGCUAGCCUGCCGGGGCUAGUCAGCACACAAAUUAAUUAACAUAUUAACAAAACAGCCUCCAUUACACACAAAAAAGCGCCGAGGCGACUGACUUCUCUCCUCUGUUUGCCGCUCUCAGCAUCACAGCACCGCUGCCACAAUGACGGAGGCGGAGGCGUUAGAGAACAAGCAGCAGCAGCGCAAGUCCAGCAACGGGGAUGUUCUUCCAGAGAGCGCCAGAGAAGACGCGUUUGAUCACACGUACAAAGAGAAAGAGGGCCCAAAACCUCCCCGGAUCAUCGUAUGGAAAAAUGUCAUACUGAUGACUCUGUUGCACAUAGGAGCCUUUUACGGCGUGUUCGUCGUCCCUUCAGCAUCUCGUUUGACCUUGCUUUGGUCUGUACUUUGUUUUUUGAUAAGUGCGUUAGGAGUCACUGCAGGAGCGCAUCGCCUGUGGAGUCACAGAUCCUACAAGGCUACAUUACCUUUAAAGAUUUUCCUCGGUGUAGCUAACUCCAUGGCAUUUCAGAAUGAUAUCUUUGAAUGGGCUCGAGACCACAGGGUUCACCACAAAUACUCGGAAACAGACGCCGACCCUCACAACGCCGUCCGCGGCUUUUUCUUUGCUCACAUCGGCUGGCUGUUGGUGCGCAAACACCCUGACGUGAUUGAGAAAGGACGCAAGCUGGAGCUCACUGACCUGCUAGCAGACAAAGUUGUCAUGUUUCAGAGGAAGCAUUACAAGCUCUCCGUGCUGGUCAUGUGCUUUUUUAUCCCAACAAUCGUGCCUUGGUACCUGUGGGGGGAGUCUCUGUGGGUGGCCUACUUCGUCCCAACUCUGCUUAGGUACACCUUGGUGCUGAACGCUACCUGGCUGGUCAACAGCGCUGCCCACAUGUGGGGAAACAGGCCCUAUGACAAGAACAUCAACCCCAGAGAGAACAAGUUUGUCACUUUCAGUGCUAUAGGUGAGGGAUUUCACAACUAUCACCACACGUUCCCAUAUGACUAUGCAACCAGCGAGUUUGGCUGCAAGUUGAACCUUACCACUUGUUUCAUCGACUUCAUGUGUUUCUUGGGCCUGGCCAAAGACCGCAAGAAGGUGUCCCGUGACCUAGUCCUGGCCCGGAUACAGCGCACCGGAGACGGAAGCCACCGCAGUGGCUAAGAUCGCUAAACUGUGGUCAGCUUCAAGGCAAAACGACCGAUAAGAAGAAUCUCCACAGUCCUUUGACAGCUAUACAUUUCUCAUUCUCUGAGGAUUAAAGUCAGCUUUAUAAGGGCCUUGACCACAUUUUUGCUUGUUUUUGUGGUUUUUGUAGCUGUAACUAAACAAAUUAUUCAAGAUGGAAAAAAAAAAAAUGAUGUUUCAGAUUUGAAUUAGAUGCAUUUUAAAAGUCACCUCCAUUCUCCGCUGUUUUGCCACUUUUGGUGUGCAUUCUUCAUGCAAGAUCAGUUAUGUAGCCGAUCAUUUUUAUGUAAGUAUGAAUUAAUUAUUCUUCAAAACUGACAAGGAGUGGAGCACUUAAAUAUGGAGUAACAUUUUAACUGUUAAGGUACAUUACUGAUUCAAGAGUGUUGCCUUUAUUGUAGUUUACAGCAAGUUUUCAACUGUUCUCAUAAAUAGAUUUAAUUUCUGAGCAGUUUAGAUUUGAAAUGAAGAGGUUGAGAGGUCAUGUUUGUUUUGCUUUUUGCAAAAAAAAAUUUAAAAUGCUUGCUUUAAUGAAAUAUGAGAGAAUACUGAGGGAACCCAGACCUUCUUAUUAGCCUGAGCAUUCUGACAACCAGUAGGCCAAAGCUUUACACAACCUGCAGGGUGCAACACUGGUUGCCUUUAGCAGAAAUCUACACUGGAUAUCUAUUGAGAAAAGUUUCUCGCGAUAAUAUAGGGAACUUGUUUAACAUUAGAAUGAAACUGCCGCUUAACAUAAGCAGGUUAAUGAGAAUUGUAACUUUACCUUAGAAAGAUAAAAGAUUUCACUGAAUUUUUGGGUGCUGGAUGAAAGUAUCAUUAGUGCCAAGAGUGUGUCAAACGACAACAUUUUUACAACCAUCUCUGUGGUCCACUAGAGCACACUAAGUCGCCUCUUUGCAUAACAUGAUUGUUGGAGUUGUUGUUUUUUUUAACAUUGUGGCAUGAGCGGCUUUUUGCUUAACAGAUUUUAUCCAACUCGUGUGACUAUUUUGUCCUUAAACAUCUGCAGCAUAGAGCUCCCUGAUAGGUGUAGCAGCCAGUCAUGUGGCAGUUCUGGUGUUACAAAACAACAUGUCACCCAUGCAUGGCGAUAUACUGUAGUAGGUGUUGUAAUGAGGUGUUGUAUCGGUGACUGUGAAGGCAGAACUGCGUCUAUUUUUGUAAUGUACUGUGGAGCUGCAUCGCUUUGGAUCAUCAGAACCGUUGGCGCCGCGUUGAUUUCCGAAACAGGGUCUGGUUUCCCUUUGAUGUGCUACAAGGUCAUUGUUAUUUCAGAUUUUUAGGUGCAUCAGUGUUCAUGUUAAUCUUUGAUUCUGAUGUGUGGAAUGCGUAGUUAUGUGUUUAAUUAUUUUUUCUUUCUUAUUGACUUUCAGAAAAAAGCAAAAGAAAAUAUUGUUCGAACCUGAUAAAGAUAUUUCUGCAUUCCAAUAUUUGGCUGAUGGCCUUGUAAAAAUAUAUCUUUAAAAAAAAUCUGAAAACUGGAGCAAUUGUUCAUUUGUUCUUAAGAGUCAGGAUCAACCUAAUGCCUUAUGACUUGCAUCCAUUCCUUCGUUCCUGUCAGUUGAGUCAAAAAUGCUCGAGUACCGCAAAACAAAUUUGACUUCUGAGUUCCAUGUUUACACUGAGUGGAACAUUGUUUUUCUCCUAAAAUCAUGUUUAAUUUUAGGCAAACGUAGCAUGGCAACACUGAGGAAAUGUACAUGCAAACGGAGGGUAGGAUUUAAGCGUAAAAGAGUCCGGUACAAAAUUAAAAGCUGGCGAGAAUGUUAAAUCGUGAGGUUUAAAGCUGCAGUGCGAAACUUUUGCUUCCCUUUCAUGGCUGUGAGAGCAGUUGUACAAAGCCACAACAGUGGCGGUCGGUGUUAGCGUAGCCGUUGAUCACUUCUUCCUGUUUUUCAGAUUGUGAUCCUUCCCAUGAACCCAUUGGCUUUCAUAGGGCUUUCCACCAUUGCUUUGUCAUUGUAGCUAUGCCAUGGGUGGUGAAAGCCAAAAGCAGGCAGAGCAGCAGUAAGAGUCCCAGUAUAAAAUGGAGCAGCCAUCAAUGGCAAAAGCAUGAAAAAGGAGCUGGGUGGAAGUAGGUUGCUUGUUGUAGAGACAGCAACUGAAAACUGGCUUUAAGAUCCAUGUAUUUGUAAGUUAGAUGUAUAUCAGUGGAUCAUCUUGUUUGGGCUUCCUGAGCUAAUGCUAUAUUUGAUAUUUAAUCCUUUAAUUUAACUAAACAUAGAGAGAUGUAACCAUUAGGCUUACCCAGCUCUGUGAAUGUAAAUUAAUUACUAUCCAAAGGUCUCGCACUUUAGCUUUAACUUGGGCCCUGAUAGAUGGAUGGUGCCAGCUUCUCUCAACUCAUCACAGCAUCUUGGCAUAAAAACGUAAAACAAA